AUGGACACAAACAACAUUUGCGCAGCCGACACUUGUCCAGGUAAUUUAGCAAACGCGUCGGCAUCCUUACUUUUUGCUCUGUUCAAUACUCUUACAGCUGCUAAAUGUUCUUUGGCAUCGCCCGAUGAUUAUCCAAAAGACUAUGGGCCAUUGUUGAAAGAUGGAGAUGAGUUUGACUUUAUUGUCGUCGGUUCGGGAUCCGGUGGAUCCGUCGUCGCUAACCAGUUAAGCCAAAAUCCGGAUUGGAGGAUCCCAGCUCUCCUGUUUACUGUACAACUAUCAGAAGAAGAUUGGCAAUAUAAAACACAACCGACCAAAGGCCCCAAAGGCUCUUGUUUAGGCCUUAUCAAUAAACAAUGCAAUUGGCCCAGAGGAAAAAUGUUGGGUGGAAGCAGUGCUAUGAACGCCAUGAUAUACAUCAAAGGAAACAAGAAUGAUUACAACCAGUGGGCCCAACUGGGAAAUCCCGGCUGGGACUGGGAAAGUGUCAAGGAUUAUUUCACGGAACUGGAAAAUGUACAGCCGCCUGAAGAUAAGGUCACUCCAUUGGGUACGAAGGGGUUGCUGCCAAUUACGAAAGUACGGCACAAUAGUCCACUUAGAAAAUCAAUGAAUCAAGGCUUCAAUGAACUGGGAGUUCCGUUUCUUAAUGAGCAAAAUCCCGAAAAUCCAAUAGGAGCAGUCGAUACUCCAAUCUGCGUUCAUAAUGGAAUUCGAGCAAACACUGGCAGGAAAAUCCUAGGUGCUGUCAAAAGCAGAAAGAAUCUUUUUAUUAGUAUACAUUCCAUGGUGCACAAAGUAAUAAUUGAUACAGAAACGAAAGCAGCUACUGGAGUAGAAGUUAAAAUCGGUGAUAGACUUUUACACUUACGAGCGAAGAAAGAAGUUAUCGUUUCAGCAGGAGGAAUCAACUCACCCCAAUUAUUAAUGCUAUCUGGAAUUGGUCCAAAACAACAUUUGAAUGAUCUAGGAAUCGAAACAAUAAAAGAUUUGCCUGUAGGAAAGAACCUUCAGGAUCACUUGAUGUUCAUAUCGUAUGACGUCAAAUUUGAUGUUAAUGCCAUUGUACCCAUAGAUUUGAUCGAUGCAAUAUACGAAUAUUUCAGACAUAAAACUGGACCUUUGAGCAACACUGGCCUCACUAACUACUUGAAUUUUGUCAAUCCACGAAACGACUCAAUUUGGCCGAGUAUCUCUUACCACAACCUCCUAUUAUAUCCCAAUGAUGAAAUGACUUUUUUUAUGGCAUACAGAACGCAUAAUGUUCCAGACGAGUUAAUUAAAGAGAAAAUUAAGGCUUGCAGGGAUAAACCUUGUUUGUCGCAUAUGUCUGUGUUAUUAAAUCCAGUGUCAAGGGGUGAGCUCCUUUUAAAUACUACAAAUGUAUACGACCAUCCCCUUCUUUAUAGUGGAUAUUUCACUGAUGAAGGUGAUGAGGAUAUGCAAGUUAUGAUAGAUUCUAUUAGAUUUUCAGACAAGUUAUUCUUCGAGACUGAAGCUCUGAAGGUGCACAAUCCGGAACUAGUACGACCAAUAGCUCCAGCUUGCGAUAUAUUCGAGUACAAAUCUGACGAUUACUGGAAAUGCAUUUUAAGGCACUUUAGCAUCACUAUUUAUCAUCCUACCAGUACGUGUGCGAUGGGGCCUGAUGAAAAAACUGCCGUAGUAGACCCGAGAUUGCGAGUUCACGGAAUCAAGAACUUGAGAGUGGUAGAUGCGAGUAUUAUGCCACGCGUUGUUAGUGGGAAUACGCAUGGGCCGACUAUGAUGAUUGGGUUCAAGGCUGCUAUUAUGAUAAAAGAAGACUGGGCGUAA